GGUUCACGCAGGAGUUGUACUACGCUUAUUUAUUUAUCUAAAAUGGAUGCCUGUUGUUUCCAAACCCAUUGUGGAAGUGGAAGUGUGUAAUUAGAACGUCAUAGCUAGCCAGUGCGCCCCAAAGUUAUAUUUUUAGACAAAGCGUAACGUCUUAAUAAUAAAGCUAGCAAAGUGUUCGGCUGCGGAGCUGUGACUUGCCAGCUGGCUUGGUGGUUGCAGGCCGGAGACGGUAUUGUUGCUGGAAGAGUGAAUGAAUACCAAGGGAUGAUAGCGAUGCAACGAUACCUUUGGUAACUGAAAUUGUUAGCUGGAUAGCUGACAAAGUCUGAUACCACUAUUAUCACAAUCUAACACGCUAUCCGGUGCUCAUUUGUCCGAGUCUAGUUGUAUGAGUUAACGUAGGGAAACAUAAUUGUAAAGGUAGCUAAAUAAAGCGAAGUAACGUUAGCUUAGCCAGCUAUUGGGCUCGGAUCAUUUUGUGAUAAACGAAAAAAUGACUUCAGCUUCUACUAAGGUUGGGGAAAUCUUCUCGGCAGCCGGCGCUGCCUUCACCAAACUCGGGGAGCUCACCAUGCAGCUGCACCCAGUGGCAGACUCCAGUCCGGCUGGAGCCAAGUGGACGGACACUGAGAUUGACAUGCUGCGAUCGGCCGUGAGGCGCUUUGGUGACGACCUGAACUCUAUCAGCUCCGUCAUCAAGGAGCGUACUGUCAGAGCCCAGAUCAAGACCACGGUGAAGAGGAAGCUAUAUGAGGACAGCGGGGUGCCCCUCUCCUCUGACUCCCCCAAGAAAUCCACCAAGAAGACGGUCGUGGCCUCGGCCGCCCCCCCUGCCGUCAUCACCGUGCCCACCUCCCAGGUUGUCGUGACAACAGGGCUUCAGGGUCCCUCCUCUGCCCCACCGGCUAUCAAGAAACAGAAGACAGCAGCAGACGUGACUUUGAGCGCGCUCAAUGACUCGGACGUGAACAGCGACCUCGUAGACAUAGAGGGGUUGGGCGAGGGCACCCCUGCCAAGAAACUCAACUUUGAUCAAGAGAGCCUCAGUCUGGACUCCAGCUUCAUUAUGAACUCCAGUGACCUCCCCCUCCUGUCCCGCUGACCCCGCCCCACACCUCCAUACAAUGGCACCUGUUCAGGAGGGGAAGAAGCGUCUCAAAGACAGGUGAAAGGUGUGGCCCAGGCCCAAGGAAUCCACUCUCCCCAGUCCAGCCGACCGUCAGUGUUGAACUGUAGCUCAACUUUUUUUAAUUCUUGACUUUUUUAGAUGUAACAUUAGAAUGAAAAACUUUUUUGUUGUUGUGGGAAAGUGUUUUCAUCUGUGAGCAUACAAGAUAUAUAAUUUAAAAAAAUGGAAAAACUAAAAAGACACUUCUGCUCUACAGCACAACUAAAAGAAGAAACACAACUUCACAGUUCCUGUGCUGGAAAAUUUUGGCUGGAGACACACAAGUUGACCAGUUAAAGCAAAUUGCCCAAGCUUAUACUGCAUCCAUCAUCAGAAUAUUUUUCUGAAAGAGCUUUUCUUUUUUGCUUGCAUUUGUCAAAUGUAUAUAUGCAUUUUUUUUCUCAGAUCACUUCUGUCGCUUUUUCACUCUUCCUCUCCUGUGCUGACCCCUACCUUGAUCUGGCAGUAGCAUGAGGUUAAUUUAUGUACUUCUAAAAGGCAGCUUCUUGCCCACCAAGUGGGAAAUGGUAGCAUUUGGAGUAAAACCACUGGGGUAGUUCUUGCCAUUUAUGUUUUGGCCACUGUUCAGGUAGUGCCUGAUGAACUCCUGGAAUCCUAGAGGAGUUAAUUUUCCUGUCCAGGUGAGUUCAGGUAAACUUAUGAACAGAUCUUGUGUAGCACCACACCCCUGUGUCUGAGUGGCUGGGUUAGUUGGUUUCCACUUUAUUCCUAAUUAGUUUGUUUUUUAUUUUGUUUCACAUAAGUAUCCUUUUAUAAGUAUCAUUUUCCCCACAGCAUUUUGUGUGUGUAUGAACAUGUAUGUCCCUAAGUGAGUGUGUAAAUAAACAUCCCAAGACACUGUGCUGUACUAUACAAUAUCACAAGUCUGCCAGCAUCAGUACGUGCUAUGUCGAUUUGCUGUACAUUAGUUAUGAACUGGCUGAGAUGUUGAGCUUAGUCAACACUGAAAGCUAAACAAAGUUACUUUUUUAAUGUUUUAAACUUUUACUCUGGAGUUGUUCAUUUGUCUGUGCAGUUUUAUAUUGGGGCUUUUUUGGUAAUAAGUAUAAGCAGUUUCAUUUUGAGUUGACAGUUUAAGAACAAUAAAAUAAGCGUAGCCCAUUGAUUAGUCUGGUCAGCACACAAAGGCUUUAUGCCAGCCAUGAGAGAAAAAAGUGUGGCUCCACUUAUGUGAAUGUAUUCAUUUGUAUAAAUCCAAGUAUAAGUUUGGUUUUAUCUAAAACAUUUUGUUAGUCAUGUUAGUCUAAUUAAAACUAAUGCGUGAACUCAAUCAUUAUCUUUGCAAGAAAGUUUGGAAAACUUGGAUGUGUGCCUUAGAAUAUUAUGCUGAGAUAUUUAUUAUCAGGCUUGUGCUUCAUAGAAGGUACCUUUUUUCCACUACAAUGAGAUGACUUUUGAAUCCGUCUUUACCAAUUUUAGGAAGGGCACUAGGACAAGAAAUAUACAAAUGCACUCUAAAGCAAAACUGAUCCACCUCCAUAUUUCAUAGAUCAUGUUGUUUCAACAUGAAUUUCACCUUUUUUUACACCAAACAUACUACUGAUGAUGAUGUCCAGUAAGCUCAAUUUUAGUUUUGAAAUGAACUUUUUUAGCUUUCAGUUUUGAAAUUAAUUUUCAAAUUUUCAGUUCUGACCAGAAAACAUGGUUCCAUCUGUUUGUCAGAAUUUGCAUUUUACUGUCUGUGUCUGUAGAAGAGGGCUCUUCCUUGAAACACUGCCAAGUUUUGUCACACACCAGAUCCAUGCAGCCAGUUUCUAAGGGUAGCUUGUGUCUCAAUACCAGACCUAAAAAAUUUUUCCAAAGUCCACCUGGCACAUUGGUGGGUAUGCAUGUGACCUCAAACUCCAUAUAUUGUGCAUGAAUGGUACAGCAGAAACCUGGUAGGUUUCUUGAAUUUUUACCCUUACUAAAGGAUGUCAGCAACAUUUUGUCUGAAAUUUAUCACAAUUCUCUGAAUUAAAACAUGAUAUUGAAUGCACUCAGUGGCCCCAGAAAAAAACUAUAUACUACUGUUCAGUGUCAUGUUGGGUUAUAAACAGUAUAAAAAUGUUAAACCACAUUAUGUUAUAUACACAUUUUAUACUCACAUGCAUUAAAUGGGUUAUAUACACACAUACA